CCCCCACUGCUCCUUCAAUCUCCCACAACCCGCACGUGACUAAUGAUAGACUAAUCACGUGACCCCCUUCUUCUGCUUCCAUCACACAAAGACUCUCUCUCUCUCUCUCUCUCUGGCUGUCUCUUUUCACAGAUUCAGUUCAGUACUCACUCGGUUACUAGUCACCUUUUCCUCAGCUGUUGCAGCAGCACUCCCCCAAGUCCCGUGUCGUUUCUUGUCCCUCCAUUUCAAAGCUUUUCAGAGCUUUCACAUUUUCCUUCCAUGAACACAAAUUACUGUUAAUCCACCCACAACACUCAAAAUGGGCUGCUUACACUCCAAAACCACCCACCUCCACCUCUCCCCUGACGACCCAUCUUCUCUACCCGUUUCUUUGUUUUUGUUUUUUGUUUUUGGGUUUUGCUUUGAAGCUAAUGGAGAUCAAGCUGAGCUAGAGGCCCAAGCCCCUGUGUUCAAAGAGUACAGUCUAGACGAGCUACGAAAGGCCACCAAUGGGUUCAGCUCCGAAUGUAUUGUUUCCGAGAGUGGUGAAAAAGCCCCCAAUGUCGUCUACAGAGGAAAACUUGAUAACAAUCGCCUUGUCGCUGUUAAACGCUUCUCCAAGCAGUCUUGGCCCGACGCCCAACAGUUUGUGGUUGAGGCUGUGGGAGUGGGGAAGUUGAGGCACAAGAGAUUAGUGAAUCUGGUUGGUUGCUGUGCCGAGGGAGAUGAACGGCUCUUGGUGGCUGAGUAUAUGCCCAAUGAUACUCUUUCCAAGCAUCUCUUUCAUUGGGACAAGAAGCCAUUGCCAUGGGAAAUGCGUGUUAGAGUUGCAUACUAUAUUGCACAGGCACUCGAUCAUUGUAAUAUCGAGAACCGGAAGAUCUAUCAUGAUUUAAAUGCAUACAGAGUUCUUUUUGAUGAGGAUGGUGACCCUCGUUUGUCUACCUUUGGUCUUAUGAAAAAUAGUCGAGACGGAAAAAGCUACAGUACAAAUUUAGCUUAUACUCCACCUGAGUUUCUACGUACAGGCAGGGUCAUUCCAGAGAGUGUAAUCUACAGUUAUGGAACUGUCCUGUUGGACCUUUUGAGUGGCAAGCAUAUUCCUCCAAGCCAUGCACUGGACUUGAUAAGGGAAAAGAAUGUAUUGUUGUUGAUGGAUUCAUCAUUGGAAGGGCAGUAUGUGAAUGAUGAUGCCACUAAAUUGGUUGAACUUGCUUCCAAAUGUCUUCAGUCUGAGGCUAGGGAUAGAGGAGAUAUUAAGUUUCUUCUUACAGUCGUUGCACCACUUCAAAAGCAGAAAGAGGCGGCAUCUCAUGUUCUAAUGGGCCUUCCUAGAAAUACUGUUGUGGUUCCAACCAUGCUUUCUCCUCUUGGAAAGGCUUGUGCAAGGAUGGAUCUUACUGCUGUGCAUGAUAUUUUGCUAAAAACAGGCUAUAAAGAUGAAGAAGGUGCAGAAAAUGAGCUCUCAUUCCAAGAAUGGACACAACAAGUCCAAGAUAUGUUGAACACGAAGAAAUUUGGGGAUAUUGCAUUUAGGGACAAGGAUUUCAAGAAUGCAAUUGAGUAUUAUUCCAAGUUAGUCGCUAUGAUGUCUGGCCCUUCAGCAACUGUCUUUGCGAGAAGAGCCUUCUCCUACUUGAUGAACGGCCAAGCAGAACUUGCUUUAAGAGAUGCGAUGCAGGCACAGGUGUGUAUACCAGAGUGGCCAACUGCUUUCUACUUGCAAGCUCUGGCACUCUCAAAGCUUGGAAUGGAGACUGAUGCUCAGGACAUGCUUAAUGAUGGAGCAGCCUUCGAAGCAAAGCGGCACAACACAUGGCGUAGCUAAACUUGUACACUUGAAAAUCUGUAGGUCUGUCUGAUUUCAUUUACUCGGCUGGGGGAAACUGGAUAGAAUAGGUAGUGAAGUGCUAGGCGAAUGUGAAAUUUGGUUGAUAGAGUUGUUUAGGUAUCUUUGCAAAUGCUAUGUUAACUACAGUUACAAGUGUUUGUUUUCAACUUUAUAUAAGUUUUUCCGAUAGAAAUGAGUUAUUUAUAUAUAUAACAAUUAAUUUAGUGCA